UCCGGUCCCAGGUCGCAGUGGCCCCGGGGGUGGUGCGCUCCGGGUGGGCUCGCCUCAUCCUGCCCCGGCCGCUAUGCAUCCGCGGCGCCCGGACGGAUUCGAUGGCUUGGGCUACCGGGGUGGUGCCCGGGACGACCAGGGCUUCGGCGGCGCUUUCCCUGCAAGGUCCUUCAGCUCCGGGUCGGACCUGGGCCACUGGGUGACGACUCCGCCAGACAUCCCGGGCAGCCGCAAUCUGCACUGGGGCGAGAAGAGCCCGCCCUACGGCGUGCCUUCCACCUCCACCCCGUACGAGGGCCCCGCGGAGGAGCCAUUUCCCAGCGGUAGUGGCGGCGGAGGCGGAGGCGGCGUUGGUGUGCAGGGGCAGAGCAGUGAACAGUUGAAUAGAUUUGCUGGAUUUGGUAUUGGACUUGCAAGUCUCUUUACAGAAAAUGUACUGGCCCAUCCUUGCAUUGUUUUACGCCGCCAAUGUCAGGUUAAUUACCAUGCUCGGCAUUACCAUCUCACUCCAUUUACAGUCAUCAAUAUUAUGUACAGUUUCAACAAAACUCAGGGACCAAGAGCCCUGUGGAAAGGAAUGGGAAGUACAUUUAUUGUCCAGGGAGUCACACUUGGAGCAGAAGGCAUAAUUAGUGAAUUCACAUCUUUGCCAAGGGAGAUUUCACACAAGUGGAAUCCUAAACAAAUCGGAGAACACCUUCUACUGAAAUCCCUAACUUAUGUGGUAGCAAUGCCAUUUUAUUCAGCAAGUCUAAUUGAAACGGUACAGAGUGAGAUAAUUCGAGAUAAUACUGGCAUUUUGGAAUGUGUUAGAGAAGGAAUUGGAAGAGUGAUAGGCAUGGGAGUGCCUCAUAGCAAACGACUUCUUCCGCUUCUUUCCUUGAUCUUCCCUACGGUGCUGCAUGGAGUUCUUCAUUACAUCAUCAGCUCAGUCAUUCAGAAGUUUGUCCUACUAAUUCUAAAGAGAAAGACUUAUAAUAGCCAUCUAGCUGAGAGCACUAGUCCUAUGCAGAAUAUGUUGGAUGCUUAUUUUCCAGAACUUAUUGCUAACUUUGCUGCCAGUCUUUGCUCUGACAUUAUACUUUACCCAUUGGAAACAGUUUUGCACCGCCUUCACAUUCAAGGAACACGCACAAUCAUUGACAAUACAGACCUUGGCUAUGAAGUGCUUCCAAUUAAUACACAGUAUGAGGGAAUGAGAGACUGUAUAAAUACCAUAAAGCAAGAGGAAGGAGUGCUUGGUUUUUAUAAAGGGUUUGGUGCUGUUAUAAUUCAGUACACACUGCAUGCAGCUGUUUUACAGAUUACCAAAAUUAUUUACUCUACACUUCUUCAAAAUAGCAUUUGAAAUUUAGGUUCUAUCACUGGUUAGUGUAGAAGACAUAAUCUGGAUAAUUUGCUAUGAAAUUAUGAGGGAUAAAAGUGAAAUACUGGGGGGAAAAGUGGAUUGGAAAGUGAAACUGGUAGAAAAAGCCCAUGCUGAUUAUAUUGACUCUUCAUUAUUUUUUAACGCAUAGGUGUAUAUUUUGGAUCAAAACUAUUUCAAAUCUGAAAACUCAGUAAAAAUAACAUAUCAAUUAAAUUCUAACUAGUGUAGCACUCUACAUGCUGAAGAAAAAGUGAACCUGGGCAGAAGCAAAAAUUUAUCAUCAAAUAUAAAACAAAAUUUCAGAGAGUCGAAUCUAUUCCAUCUGACCUUAGUAUUUAUUACAUGUUUUUUUACCUUCUAGAUUGACAUUGGUAUAUUAUUCUUAAUACAGUGUACAGUAUCAGGAGGUUUCACCUUUAAGGAAAUAAAUUAUGUCAUCAUUGAAAAAGACUAAAAGGGUUAGAUUUGGCUAUCUGUAAACAGGAGUUGAAGGGUUUUAAAUUGCAUUGUCCUUAUAUUGUCCUUAUAUAACUAUUUUAAUGGCUAUACAUAUGUGUGUUAUAUAAAGCCAUUUAUGUACACACAUAUAACCUGGAAUUCCUUCAUCAUCCCUACAAAUUCUGUACUCUUAGAUAAGCUUAUUAAAUAAAAUGAAGUAGUGCACUUUCUGCUUGAACAUCAGAAUAAAACAUCAAAAGCCAAUUUAACCCAAAAGAUUUAAGUCAAAUAUAGCAUACUUGUCCAUAUCCAAACCCAGUGUUUCAGUGCCAGCAACUUAAAACUUGUCAUAUGUGUAUAAAGUUUGGUUUGCUUAUCUAGUUUUGUGAAUUGUCAGGCUAUUUUUAGAACCACACUUAAGAGAGAAUAUAAAAUAAUCAUGACAACUAUAACUGUUUUCACAUUUACAAAUUGGGUACUUAAAGGAACCUCACUUGCCUUUCAUAUCUGAAUGACUUGUCUUGCAGGAGACAAAAUUAAAAUUUACCUGGGAAUUUGUUCCUCUUGUUUACCAUAUAGUCAUCAUUGAAUAAUGGCUCCCAUUUUUAUUUUCUUUCAGUUUUUGCUUAAAGUUUUAUACUUCAAGCUAGAUAUACGUAAAGGGAAAAGCAAGUUGUCUUUAUCACUGUUUAUUUAAACUGUUUGGAUGAAUACUGAAGGAAAAAUACAGACCCUAAAGGAAAUUUGUUCUUGUGCUUUAUGGAUGAGGGGGGCAAAAUUACAUUUCAACAUAUAGCAAGCAAAAACAUUAUCAGUUUAAUAAAAAAAUUCUGUUUCUAAAUUUAAUUUGGUGGAUAGGCUCUAUAGUAAAAUGAUAUGCAUUUGACUGAUCCAUCAUUAAAUAUUUUAAAGCUUUAUUUCUUUGUGUGGAUGAUCACAGUUUUACCACAAACCAUUUAGCUAUCUAAAGUGCAGCGACUUUCUACUGAUUUUGUCCAACCUAGAAUGCAUACAAAUUGAAAUUUCUUGUUCUUGUUAAAUGUCACAGAAAUGGUUACUUUUUGUGAUUAAUAGUGUUGGGACAAAAGUAUGAUCUCCAAAAAGUGUGAAACAGUACAUAAGUAGCAGUUCUAUACUGUUUUUGUGUGUGUUUGUAUGUCUGUAUGUGUGUGUUUUAAUUACUGAAACACAUAAGUUUUCCAUUUUUUAAUUCUGCCAAGAGGGGUGAAAUAAAAUUAAAACACCAUUAUCACAUUCUGUAUUUUAUGGUCAGUCUUUUAGAUUAUAAUUUGCAUUGUCCAACCUAUGGCAUUUAAAUUGCUUUCAUUGCAUUUGACCUAAAUAAAUUUUUAGAUGUUUAUCUAAACUUCCUAAAAACCCUUUAUUUUUAUUAUAAUCAUGGCUAUUUCAGAUCAAAAUAAACCAGAAAAGUUUAAAUUUCAGAAAUUUCUAGAACAGAAUUUGAAUGGAAUCAAGUAUUUACUAGUGAAAAUCUGUGGGGUCUUUUAUCUAGCUAAAAAUGAGAUAUUUCAAGAUUAUCUGUUAAAAGUUAGCAUGAAAAUAAAGUUACAUAAAUCUGUUUCAUUGUGGAAUCAUAAGGCUGAUAGGCUGACAUACAACCACACACAAGUUAGGUUGGUCUAUUUUCUGUCUCUUUGGAGAAAGAAUACAAAUUAACAUUAAAACUAAAAUUGAAAAUCAGAAAGUAAAAUACUAAUUAUUUUUUAGUGCCAUUCUGAAUUAGUUGAAACAUAAAUCUUUAAAAGUCAAACACUUAAAUUUAGGCUGGAUGAAUAUGUUUCACUGUAUUUAGAAAAGAAUAAGUAAAAUUACCAUCAGAUACACUCUUCCUCUUUUUAAAAUUGCUAUUUUUCUUUAACCUAUGGGUACCAAAACCAAAUACCCAUGGGUUACAUCUCAUAAGAUAAUAAUAGCUCAGAAUAAUACUUUUUAACUCAUUAUGACUAAUAGCAUUGUGAAGAAGAUUCUAUUGAAAUGUUCCAAAGGCCCAGUGGUCUCUUAUAUAAGCCAUAUUUUGGCCAUGGAGCUUGUGAUACGCUUGCCUUAAUUAAGCUAAGGGUUUCUUAAUUUGAAUUAUAUAGAAUGAAAGUGAUUGAAUUAGAAAGUGGUAAAUAUUAGCAUAGUAUGUCAAAUGAAUUUCUUAAUUGAUUUACUAGACAUAUGUAUAUAGACUUUACAGAGCUGCCCUUCUCAAUUUUAUUUUAAGGGCCCUUAAAAAAAAUCCUUAGGAUAACAAGGUUAUUUAUUCAAGCCCUCCCUCAAACUUAGAGCACUAGAUGUUAUAAAUAUGAGACAGUAGAAACAAGCUAAUUUGAAAAUUGUGGUACUUAAUACCUUAGCCAGUGUUUGUAGAAACAUAAAACUGAAGGAAUAAGAGAUCUUGCUCAAUUUUGCACAUGUGCCUGACUUUCACAACUGUUUUUUUAGGACUGGCUAUGUUAUAACUGCUCAAAACAUUCACUUCAUUGGUUGGGUACAAAUACUUCAGUAUUUCUAUCCAAGUAUUUAUAAGACUCCUCAGAAAAUAAAAAACAAAACAUAAAA